AUGGAAGGGCGGUUCAUUGCUGCGAGUUGCAGUGCAGAGCACAUGGGAUGUGGCACUGAAGUGAAGGGCACACCUGCCACCUACCACCCGUGCCUGCCACCUGCCACCAGCACCCCGGGGUCCUCAGUACCGUGCAGACCAGCACCCCGGGGUCCUCAGUACCGUGCAGACCAGCACCCCGGGCCCACCCCCCAGUACCGUGCAGACCAGCAGCCUGGCCCACACCCCAGUACCGUGCAGACCAGCACCCCAGGGUCCUCAGUGCCAUGCAGACCAGCACCCCGGGCCCACACCCCAGUACCCAUGCAGACCAGCACCCCGGCCCACAUCCCAGUACCCAUGCAGACCAGCACCCCGGCCCACACCCCAGUACCCAUGCAGACCAGCACCCCGGGGUCCACAGUACUGUGCAGACCAGCACCCCAGGGUCCUCAGUGCCAUGCAGACCAGCACCCCGGCCCACACCCCAGUACCCAUGCAGACCAGCACCCCGGGCCCACACCCCAGUACCAUGCAGACCAGCACCCCAGGGUCCUCAGUACCAUGCAGACCAGCACCCCAGGGUCCUCAGUACCAUGCAGACCAGCAGCCCGGGGUCCACACCCCAGUACCAUGCAGACCAGCACCCGGGGGUCCUCGGUACCAUGCAGACCAGCACCCUGGCCCACACCCCAGUACCAUGUAGACCAGCAGCCAGGCCCACACCCCAGUACCCAUGCAGACCAGCACCCCGGCCCACACCCCUGUACCCAUGCAGACCAGCACCCCGGCCCACACCCCAGUACCCAUGCAGACCAGCACCCCGGCCCACACCCCAGUACCCAUGCAGACCAGCACCCCGGGGUCCUCAGUACCAUGCAGACGCACACCCCGGGGUCUUCAGUACCGUGCAGACCCACACCCCGGGGUCCACACCCUAGUACCGUGCAGACCAGCACCCCAGGCCCACACCCCAGUACCGUGCAGACCAGCACCCCGGGGUCCUCAGUACCAUGCAGACCCGCACCCCAGGGUCCUCAGUACCGUGCAGACCAGCAACCCCGGGGUCCUCAGUACCAUGCAGACGCACACCCCGGGGUCUUCAGUACCGUGCAGACCCACACCCCGGGGUCCACACCCCAGUACCCAUGCAGACCAGCACCCCGGGGUUCCCCGGUACUGUGCAGACCCACACCCCGGGGUCCUCACCCCAGUACCGUGCAGACCCGCACCCCGGGGUCCCCGGUACCGUGCAGACCCGCACCCCGGGGUCCCCGGUACCGUGCAGACCCGCACCCCGGGGUCCUCGGCACCGUGCAGACCCGCACCCGGGGUCUUCGGUACCGUGCAGACCCGCACCCCGGGGUCCUUGGCACCGUGCAGACCCGCACCCGGGGUCUUCGGUACUGUGCAGACCCGCACCCCGGGGUCCUCACCCCAGUACCGUGCAGACCCGCACCCCGGGGUCCUCACCCCAGUACCGUGCAGACCCGCACCCCGGGGUCCUCACCCCAGUACCGUGCAGACCCCCACCCCGGGGUCCUCACCCCAGUACCGUGCAGACCCGCACCCCGGGGUCCUCGGCACCGUGCAGACCCGCACCCCGGGGUCCUCGGCACCGUGCAGACCCGCACCCCGGGGUCCCCGGUACCGUGCAGACCCGCACCCCGGGGUCCUCACCCCAGUACCGUGCAGACCCGCACCCCGGGGUCCCCGGUACCGUGCAGACCCGCACCCCGGGGUCCUCGGCACCGUGCAGACCCGCACCCGGCCCCGCCGUAA